AUGAGUUUCCCCAAUUUCAAAUACACGCCGCUGGCAAAGGAGCAAACUCAGCUACCGAGUCCAACCCCACACUCGCCAUACAUUUCAGAGGCCAAAGUAUCUUUCGACAAUGACCUCGAAUGCCCGCUUCAACCAGGCAUUCAACCCGUGUCUCGAACUCCACUGUGGGUAUCAGUCAAACGGUUCAUCAAGCGGUUUAUUCUAUUCAGUCUAUUAUCGCUGCUCUCAUUAUUAACGCUAACAGCUGUUUUCAACCCUUCUUAUACCAAUCCUCCUGACUUUAAAAUGCUCGAUGAAAAAGUAUUCAUCACUGCCAACAUUAUCAACGGCGAUUUGAUUCGAGGCCGUUGGGGCGACUCAGUGGUCGAGCUCAUUGACCUGUUGGGUCCACAAAACGUCUUCCUGAGUAUCUAUGGAGGACCAACUGAUGCAUUAAAAGAACUUGAACCACGGAUCAAAUGCGACCACUCACUUGUAUCCGAACAAGACUCGCCAAUCCACCUCGAAUCGUUACCACAUAUCAUUGUUCCAGGGACCAACGACACCAGAGUCAAGCGAACCGAAUAUCUGGCCAACGUCCGUAACAAGGCACUCGAACCUCUAAAUACUCUGGCUACCAAAUUCGACAAGAUCCUGUUUAUGAAUGAUAUCAUUUUCAACCCCCACGACGCCGCCAGACUCUUGUUCUCUACAAAUGUCGUAGAUGGCAAAACAGAUUAUCGAGCAGCCUGUUCAGUCGAUUUUGUCAAUGCAUUUAAAUUUUACGACACUUUCGCUACUCGAGAUUUCGAAGGUAACAGCAUGGGACUACCGUUUUUCCCAUGGUUUGCAAACAUUGGAUCUGCUCAGAGCAGGAGAGACGUUCUCAACAGUAAAGAGGCUGUUCGAGUCCGAAGCUGCUGGGGUGGUAUGAUUGCAUUUGAGGCUAAAUGGUUUCAAUCUAGUAACAACAAUGAUAAUAAUGAUACUAGUGCUUCUGAUAAGGUUACCACUGGUACUAAUCGCCAACUAGUGAGAUUCAGAGCUGAACACGAAGCUACCUGGGAUGCAUCUGAAUGUUGCUUGAUUAAUGCUGAUUUAGAGGCAGCUGCUGGUGCCAACAACGGGGGUAUUUACAUGAACCCAUACGUACGAGUGGCAUAUGACGAGAAGAACUUCAAAUGGCUUGCAUUCACCCGUCGAUUUGAAAGACUGUACUCGUUGAUUCACGACAUCCUCAAUCGGAUGGUAUCGCUUCCACACAAGAACCCUCGCUACCAAGAGGAGCCAGGUCAAGUCAUUAUUGAGAGCGAGUACAACUUCACUCAGCAUCAGUAUCAGCCACGAGCUCGCGUGGCGGGUAUUGGAGGGUAUUGCGGCAGUCGCAUGUUGCAAGUAAUGAAAACCCACCCCAAACAGGGAGAGAGGAUGUGGGAAAGUGUCAAGCUAUGA